AUGCGCUUCAUCUACUUCGUUCCGAUGCCGCUUGUUGGCUUGGUCGCUGCCGUGGCUUUGCCCGGGCACGACCUCCUUGGAAUCGCUUCGUCAUCCCAGCAAUUGGGCCAAGACCUCGAGACUGCCACAACCAACAUCAAUGGCACAGCGUUCGAUGAGCCAUUCGAUUCGCUGGAGCUUUCAAAGCGGUGGGGAGAUAGAACCCAGAAUGUGGUCAUUUGGAAGGAAUAUAUGGCGACAUUCAAGAGAUCGGGUGUCAAUCUUGUAGCAUGGAUGAUUGGGGCGGCGACUGACUGGUCUGGUGCACCUGUCCCGGCUGCACCGGCAGAGCGUGACUACACUAUACGUGAUAUCGCCGACGCAGAGGGUUGGACGCGUGAGGUGCUCCCUACACCUCCUCAUAUGGCACCUUUGCAAGUCCUACAAGGCUUGACAGGAGUCGAAGGUAUGGAGAAGGAGGCUAAAUCUGCUGGGAGAGGUGGUGGACCAGGUUCGACUAGCCAGCACGAACCACUGGACACCUCGUUGUCUCCAAGUAACGAUUAUCGUGCCUACAGGUCCUUCAACACUGGCCUAGUGUGUGGUUCUUACACUGUAGUGUACAGCUUGCCGCAGCGCAUCAUAUCAUGGCAACUUAACGACGCUCCCUGGCCCCAAUUCUUGCAAACACCACCCCGAGGAUCCAGAGGAGACUUCCCUGCUGGGUUGCCCGCACCGAUAUACCCUGCGAUCCGUGACUGGUACGAUAUCGCCGCGGUCGAAUACACCCAGCCGAAUAGGAUCAGAAAGGACAAGGCCCAAAGGCUCUUCCCAAGAUGGUUUCAUGUGGACCACCCCAAUCUGGCGGACAGUGUGGUAGCCGCAGUCAGCAUGUGCUUGAGCGUGCAUGGAAUCAACGACUUUCCGCCUUUGCCUGCCUUCGUCACGUUCCCGAUCGGGUCGGUGGCCUACGAGUUGCUGCUUGGCACCCCCAUUGGCCGAAGCGUCGGUAUGUUCUUGAUUACCAAAAGGGAGAAGUAUGGCCCCGAUCUUAUUAUAAGCUCCAUUACGGUAUGGAAUGGUGGCGAUGAACGGGUCAACGAUGACUCUGAGUCUGUAACGAAGAACGUGGACAAGAAUGACAAGUUCGGGAAGAGACCAGUCUUCCUGUUCAACGUACGGAGGAAGACAAAGCUGCUCGACCAGGCCAUGAGAGCCAACAGAGAGUUUGAAAAGAGAGGCGGCGUCGGGUAUAGCCCUCACAAAGAGCAGCAGCCCUUGGCCGCGAAGAAGGGCCCACUUUGGCCACAUCCGCUCAGGCCGCAACCAUUCCCCGCUGGUGGCAGCGCAGGUGGCAACAGCGCACCUUCCCAGGGCUCAAGCUCUAAAUCAGAGCAAUGGAAAAACCCCAAAUUUGCGCUCGUACCAGCGCAACCUGCAGGAGGAGCUGUGCAGACGUAUGAGGGCAAGGGCAAGGGUGCAGCUCAAGACGACGUAUUGUACGUGGAUCCAGGCGCGCCACGUCCUCCACCCUCUGAUGACGAGGAGUCAGUCUGA